AUGCGUGGCAUCAACAACUCCAAAAGCUUGUUCCAUCUAAAGUUCCUCCAAAGCUUGAAUUUGGGGUUAAAUCCUAUACAGGGUGAUAUACCAUCUGCUUUUGGCAGAUUGUCUAACCUGAUUUACCUUAACUUGUCCUACACAAGCUUCAAAGGACAGGUAGCCAUUGAAAUAUCACAACUUGUCAAAUUAGUUGUUCUUGAUAUUUCAAAUUCAUUGCUAUUAGGUGAUGCAUUGUACAUGAAAAAGCCAAACUUGGCAACCAUCAUUCAGAACCUAACAAAUAUCAAAGAACUCUAUCUUGAUCAUGUCAAUAUUUCAGCUGUAGGGAACAAAUGGGAUUAUAACUCUUUGAGUGGCUCAAUAUCAGAAUCUUUUACUGGGGUCACAAACCUGACAACGCUAUCAGUGGCAGUUUCUAAUCUAACAAGAAUGGUGCCUGGGAAACUUUUCCAGCUACCCACACUAAGAGCCAUUGACUUGUCGACAAAUAACCACUUAUACGGCACUGUGCCACCUUUUUACAAGAAUUUGUCUCUGUCUCUUGAGGAAUUGAUCCUUGAUAAUACAAAGCUUUCUAGACUCCUGCCAAGUACCACCAUGAACCUGAAAAGGCUUCGUAAAAUUGAUCUUUCUGGUUGUAAGUUCCAGGGAAGCAUCCCAUCAUCAAUGGGAAGUCUAAGCUUACUUGAAGAAAUGGAUCUCUCCGCGAACCAAUUUUCUGGUCCCACUCCAUCAUUUUCAUCCAUGAAGAAUAUAAAAUCCUUAAAGUUCGAACAAAACAAUCUGAACGGUUCCAUCACUGCUACAGAUUGGGGGGAACUACUUAAGUUAGAGGUGCUUGACAUGUCAAAUAAUACACUAGAUGGAAGUAUUCUUACGUCAUUGUUUUCAUUGACAUCACUGCAUACCAUAGAUUUGGGACAAAACAAAUUCAGUGGGAAAAUUCAAUUGAAUGAGUUAGCAAGAAUAACAUCUUCCAAGUUGGAAACACUUGACUUGAGUAGCAAUGACUUAGAAGGGACAGUCCCAAAUUCGAUUUUCCAAUUAAGAGAGCUUACCACUCUAGAUUUGUCUUCAAAUAGAUUCUAUGGAAAACUAAAGCUGUCUGAGCUUCUUCAAGGCCUCAACAACCUCAAGACUCUUGGUCUUUCACACAACAACUUGUCAAUCAAUACAGAUAGCUAUGGAGUGAACUCCUCCUUUCCCCAGUUACAGAUCCUGUAUCUGGCUUCUUCCAACUUGCAUACUGUGCCUGGAUUUCUAAAGAAUCAAACAGCUUUGACAAAUCUUGACCUUUCCAAGAAUCAAAUUUCUGGUGGUGUGCCUCAUUGGAUGUGGCGAAUCGAUAGCCUUCUUAUAUUGAACCUUUCUUACAACCACUUUCAAAAUCUAGAACCACCUCACACGAACAAGUCAAAAUUAUUCUUCCUAGACCUCCAAUCCAACAAUCUUCAAGGGCAAGUUCCAGUGAUCUCAUCCAACAUAGUACUCUUGGAUUGUUCCAGCAAUAAUUUCAUUUCAAUCCACCCUGAUUUUGGCAAUCAUCUAUCUGAAGCUAUAAUACAACAUUUCAAAGGGACAAUUCUCGAUUGUCUCAUUGCCAAGAGUGAUACACUUACCGUAUCAAAUCUGAGAGGAAACAAUGCCAUAGGUCUCAUCCCUGCUAAAUUCGGGAGAGGUUGCGGCUUACAAACUCUUAACUUGAAUGGGAAUCUUCUGCAAGGACAAAUUCCACGAUCACUUGCCAAUUGUAGAGCAUUAAAGGUAUUAGAUCUUGGGAAUAACCAAUUGAAUACCUUUCCUUGCCAUUUGCAAAACUUGUCCAACUUGCAAGUUCUUGUUCUAAGGUCCAAUAAGUUCCACGAAACCAUUGUCUGCACAGACAGCCAUCUCGUGUGGCCUUUGCUUCAGAUUGUGGACCUAGCUUCUAAUCACUUUAGUGGUGAGCUCACAAGCCAAUUUUUUCUCAAGUUGACAUCAAUGAUGGACGGAACAACUGCAUCAGAACCCGCGCAUGUGCAAAGUGAAGUUGGAGGUGUGUACUAUCAAAAUUCAGUGGUGCUCACCUUCAAAGGCUAUACCUAUGAGCUGAAAUACAUCCUGACAAUCCUGAAUAGCCUCGACUUCUCCAGCAAUGCUUUCCUUGGAGAGCUGCCAAGAGAGUUAGGAAUUCUAAAUGCUCUGAAAGUACUCAAUCUUUCUCACAACUCUUUCUCAGGCAAUAUUUCAUCAUCAUUUUGGAAGCUAAUCCAAAUUGAAUUGGUGGAUCUCUCUUACAAUGCCUUAAGUGGGAAUAUACCUACACAACUUGCAAACUUAGAUUUUCUCAGCUACUUGAACUUAUCCUUCAGUAAGAUAUCAAAAAAGAUCCCAUCAAGCACUCAGUCAUUCGACGCAUCUUCAUAUGAAGGUAACCAAGGACUCUACGGCCCACUGUUAACACCGAUUAGUAGAAAUAAACCUGCACAAGAACCACUCUUAUCAACCUCCUCACAUGGACCGAGUUGGAGCUCAACGAGCGAGAUAGAGUGGAUGCUCAAAGGUGCUGAAGUCGGGUUUCCUGUUGGGAUCAUCAUUUUUAUUGGACCUAUUCUCUAUAUCAAAAGAUGGAGGGAAUGGUACUGUAAGCAUCUUCAUAGACUGGUCGUGAAAAUCCUAAGUAAGGAAGAUGGUGCAACGCAAAGAAGGAAGAGAACGAGCAGACAACAAAGGCAGAGACGUUAUGCUCCAUUGUACAAGGUUUUACACCAUUGA